GGUUGAGUCACAACAAAAACAAAGUCUUUACCAGUUUAUUUCCUUAAAAUCCUUUCGUUAUGGCUGGUGACUUGAAUUUCUCCGGCAGUUACAUGGUGCUGAAGCCUGAAGAGUUGGGCUUCUUUGAUCUCCUUCGCAUCUUAUUUUCCAGUGACCUAGAGAAGAGGAAAUUUGUGGAAAGCUCUUAUAGAGAAGAGGAAGAUUUUGGUCGGAGGUGGAUCAUAUUUGUCUCAAUCGUUGUACUGAAGUUUCUGCGAUCUGUGGCAAAGCCAAUGUCAAUUAUUGGUUCAACGAUUGAGUUAUUCCUAAACCUUUUAUCAAGUAACCAAAACCUCGGUGUGCUCCUGCUUAAUUUCUUGCGAGGGAGGGUGGUUGUGCCAGAUAAAAAUUCAGCUUCAUUCUUAUCGUUUACUGGAAAUGUGGACAAGCGAGUGGAGUUGGAGCCUAGUAUCAAAUAUGGAGAUGAAAGAUACUCUGCGGCACUGUCCAUGAUGGCAUCCAAAGCAUCAUAUGAGAACAAAGCCUACAUCGAAACUAUCGUCACCCAAAACUGGAAGAUGGAAUUUUUGGGAUCUUAUGACUACUGGAAUGAUUUUCAAGAAAAAGCCACGACACAAGCCUUUAUGCUUUCUGAUAAAAAUGAGUCUGGCCAGGACACUAUUGUUGUGUCCUUUAGAGGUACUGAAACUUUUGAUGCAGACGCAUGGAGUUCUGACUUUGAUCUCUCUUGGUAUGAGAUCGAUGGCAUAGGCAAGAUUCAUGGUGGUUUCAUGAAGGCUCUAGGUUUACUAAAGGUCAAAGGUUGGCCCAAAGAUAUCGAGAAGGAAAAGGAUAACCGCCCUGCGCCUUUAGCAUACUAUGCGAUCAGGGAUAUGUUAAAAGAACUUUUAAGCAAAAACGACAGAGCAAAAUACAUAGUGACAGGCCACAGUUUAGGCGGUGCGUUGGCUAUUCUCUUUGCAGCGAUUUUGGCUUUGCAUGAGGAGACAGAGUUAUUGGAGAGAUUAGAGGGUGUUUACACAUUUGGGCAACCCAGGGUAGGAGAUGAAAAGUUUGUUGAGUUCAUGAAAAAGAAGUUAAAAGAGAACGCCGUUAAUUACUUUAGGUUUGUUUACAGUUAUGAUAUUGUGCCUAGGCUGCCUUUUGAUAACUCUGAGCUCAUGUUCAAACACUUUGGGCAGUGCAUCUACUACAACAGCUUCUAUCAGGGAAAGGUAGUUGCAGAAGCGCCAAAUAAGAACUACUUCUCACCAUUGGAGACAAUAAUCAUGAUGAUGAAUGCAGCUUGGGAGCUGAUAAGAAGCUUUACUUUAUGGCGCACAAAGGGCCCGGACUAUAAAGAAGGAGGGUUACUCAGAGUGUUUAGAGUAAUCGGACUUAUAGCCCCCGGUAUAUCAGCUCAUUCUACCCAAGAUUAUGUCAACGCCACUCGCUUGGGAUCCACGGAUAAUUUGUUCCACCCCAAGAGACUGUAAUCCAAUAAUUAAUGGUUUCAAUAAACUUUCAUGCCACAAAAUGCAAAUUAUUAAUGAUUAAUUGGUUUUGUUUGUUCUGAGUUUGUGCACUCUUCUUGAGCACAAUUGCUAGUUUUCUCUUCUUUAUUUGGUUUGAGCCUCCGAGCUCUGUUAGGGCGUUUAUGCCUAUCUAUUUAUUUUGUUUGGAGCUUGAAUGCUCUCUUUUAAGCGUUUGUUUCUAUCCUUAUGUUUAAAAAGAUAGAUAUAUUUGUUCUAGUCUUUUUUAAACCUCUUUUAGGGGUA